AUGUCUUUCAUUCUGAGUGCGGUGGCGAUUAAGAAAUAUGUCUAUGUUAAUACUAUAGUUGUAUCAAUCUUAAAAUAUAUAAGAUUAGAACUAUCGAUCAUAUACAAUGGUAUGUUAAUGGGAUACAAUAAUGAUAGAGUAAUUCAGGAUUCUUAUACUAACAUUUCAAUAGACUUCUAUCGGUACAGGUUACGAUUUAUCAAAUAGUGUUUUUUCACCAGGUACGUAGAUUUUAAAGGGGAAUCGUUCAUUAUUACGGAGCCAUUGUUAUAAUCUGAAUGAUAUACUAACUCUAAUAUUUAGAUGGAAGAAAUUUUCAGGUAG